AUGUUCGUGUUUAAAAGAGAUGGCCGCAAAGAGCCAGUGCGGUUCGACAAAAUCACUGCCAGAAUCCAGCGAUUGUGCUACGGUCUCGACAGUGACCACGUUGAUUGUGUGGCGGUUACUCAAAGAGUUAUCUCUGGUGUCUACCAGGGUGUGAACACCAUCGAGUUGGACAACUUGGCCGCUGAAACUGCUGCCUACAUGACUACCAUCCACCCCGACUACGCAAUUUUGGCUGCCAGAAUUGCUGUGUCUAACUUGCACAAACAGACCACCAAGCAAUUCUCCCAGGUUGCUAAAAUCUUGUUUGAGUACAUCAACCCAAAGACCGGCAACCACGCCCCCAUGAUCUCUCAGGAAACUUACGACAUCAUCUGUAAGAACGCUGACGAGUUGAACUCUGCUAUUGUCUACGACCGUGACUUCAACUACAAUUACUUCGGUUUCAAGACCUUGGAGAGAUCUUACUUACUUCGUGUCAAUGGCAAAGUCGCCGAGAGACCUCAACAUUUGCUCAUGAGAGUUGCCGUUGGUAUUCAUGGCAGUGACAUUGAGCGCGUCAUUGAAACAUACAACUUGAUGUCGCAAAGAUACUUCACUCACGGUUCCCCAACCUUGUUCAACGCUGGUACUCCUUCUCCACAGAUGUCUUCUUGUUUCCUCGUGGCCAUGAAAGAUGACUCCAUUGAAGGUAUCUAUGACACUUUGAAGACCUGUGCUUUGAUCUCCAAGAGUGCUGGUGGUAUCGGUUUACACAUCCACAAUAUCAGAGCUACUGGUUCUUACAUUGCUGGUACUAAUGGUACCUCCAAUGGUAUUAUCCCAAUGGUGCGUGUGUUCAACAACACCGCUCGUUACGUUGACCAAGGUGGUAAUAAGAGACCUGGUGCUUUUGCUCUCUACUUGGAACCAUGGCACGCUGACAUUUUCGACUUCAUUGACAUCAGAAAGAACCACGGUAAAGAAGAAAUCAGAGCAAGAGACUUGUUCCCAGCUCUUUGGAUUGCCGAUUUGUUCAUGAAGAGAGUCGAGCAAAAUGCUGACUGGACUUUGUUCUCUCCUAACGAGGUUCCUGGUUUGAGUGAUUGUUACGGUGACGAGUUUGAGGAGUUAUACGAAAAGUACGAGAGAGAGGGUAAGGGUGUCACUGUUGUCAAGGCUCAAAAGCUUUGGUAUGCUAUUUUGGAGGCACAAACCGAGACUGGUACUCCUUUCAUGUUGUACAAGGAUGCUUGUAACAAAAAGACAAACCAGAAGAACUUGGGUAUCAUCAAGUCCUCUAACUUGUGUUGUGAAAUUGUCGAAUACUCUUCUCCUGAUGAAGUUGCUGUUUGUAACUUGGCUUCCAUUGCUUUGCCAUCUUUCCUCGAAAAGACUGCUACUACUUCCUCGUAUGACUUUGAGAAAUUGCACGAGGUUACCAAAGUCGUUACUAGAAACUUGAACAGAAUCAUUGACCGUAACUUCUAUCCCGUUCCAGAGGCAAAGAGAUCCAACAUGCGUAACAGACCAAUUGCCCUUGGUGUGCAAGGUCUUGCCGACACUUUCAUGGCAUUAAGAUUACCAUUUGACUCCCAAGAAGCUAAGGAAUUGAACAUUCAAAUUUUCGAGACCAUUUAUCAUGCUGCUGUCGAGUCUUCCAUUGAGCUCGCCGCUGAGGAAGGACCUUAUGAGUCUUACGAAGGUUCUCCAGCUUCUCAGGGUUUGUUGCAAUACGACUUGUGGGACAGAAAGCCAUCUGAAUUGUGGGACUGGGACACCUUGAAGCAAAACUUGGCUAAGCAUGGUCUUAGAAACUCUUUGCUUGUGGCUCCAAUGCCCACUGCCUCUACUUCCCAAAUCUUGGGUAACAACGAAUGUUUCGAGCCUUACACUUCUAACAUCUACUCUAGAAGAGUUCUUGCUGGUGAGUUCCAAAUCGUCAACCCUCACAUGUUGAAGGAUUUGGUUGACUUGGGUAUUUGGAACGACGCCAUGAAGAACAACAUCAUUGCCAACAAUGGCUCCAUUCAAUCUUUGCCAAAUGUUCCAGAUGAGAUCAAGGCAUUGUACAAGACCGUUUGGGAGAUUUCUCAAAAGCAUAUCAUUGACAUGGCCGCUGACAGAGCCGCCUUCAUCGACCAGUCCCAAUCAUUGAACAUCCACAUCAAGGAUCCUACAAUGGGUAAAUUGACCUCCAUGCAUUUCUAUGGAUGGAAGAAGGGAUUGAAGACUGGUAUGUACUAUUUAAGAACACAGGCCGCCGCUGCCGCCAUCCAGUUCACUGUUGACCAAAACUCUGUCGACGCAGCAGGAAAGAGCAUAGCAUCUCUUGACAAACUCAUCCAAAGAAAGUACGUGGCCAAAACGUCGACCAGAAGCGGGACUUCGUCGCCAAACUAUGCUUCGCCUCAAGUUGAGGCAAGAGCAUUGUCUACUGAUCCAACCUCUUUGGAGAGUUCUUUGAACGAAUUGCAGCUUUCUGAGAACAAGGAAGGUGAGCAAAAAGACGGUGACAUUUUCAGCUCCGCAGCGAUUGCAUGCGCCAUUAACAAUCCCGAAUCGUGCACUAUGUGUUCCGGUUAA